AUGGCGGCCCUCACGGACCUCUCUUUUAUGUACCGCUGGUUCAAAAAUUGCAAUCUGGUUCGAAACCUCUCAGAGAAGUACGUCUUCAUCACGGGCUGCGACUCUGGCUUUGGGAACCUGUUGGCCAGGCAACUGGUUGACCGGGGUAUGAAAGUGCUCGCUGCUUGCCUCACGGAGGAGGGGGCCCAGAAACUCCAGCAGGACACCUCCUACCAGCUGCAGACCAUCCUCCUAGAUGUCACCAAGACUGAGAGCAUCAAGGCCGCAGCCCAGUGGGUGAGGGACCAAGUGGGCGAGCAAGGCCUCUGGGCCCUAGUGAACAACGCUGGUGUGGGCUUGCCUAGUGGCCCCAAUGAAUGGCUGACCAAAGAAGACUUCGUGAAAGUGAUCAACGUGAACCUGGUGGGACUGAUUGAAGUCACCCUGAACAUGCUGCCUAUGGUCAAGAAAGCCCGGGGCAGGGUGGUCAACAUGUCCAGUUCCGGUGGGCGUGUGGCCGUCAUCGGUGGUGGCUACUGUGUCUCCAAGUUUGGUGUUGAAGCCUUCUCUGAUAGCAUCAGGCGAGAGCUUCAUUUCUUUGGGGUGAAGGUUAGCAUUAUUGAGCCGGGGAACUACCGGACAUCCAUCCUGGGCCAGGAAACUCUGCAAUCACGCAUGAAGAAGCUGUGGGAUCGGCUGCCGCAGGAGACCCGGGAUAGCUACGGAGAGGAGUAUUUCCGUGUCUAUACUGAAAAGCUGGCUAACUAUAUGCAGCUGGCACAUCCAAAACUCAGCGAUGUCACCAACAGCAUGGAGCAUGCUGUUGUCUCCAGGAGUCCCCGAGUCCGCUACAACCCUGGCCUGGAUGUCAAGCUUCUCUAUCUCCCCCUGGCAAAGUUGCCCACGUCUGUGACAGACUUCAUCCUGAGCCGAUACUUGCCGAGGCCAGCAGACAGUGUUUGA